AUGGGACGAGGCUGCGAGCUGCAUGUCUUUCAUCACAUUCGAACAUCGUGGCAAAGCUAUGUCGCCGGCGCAUGCAGUAGUUCGUCAGCGUACAGAGGAAGUGGCACAGGCCGCCUCAACUUCCCGCGAAGAUUGAGCACAGCACAUAUGAGCACAUUUACUAGUAAUGUGUUCAAAAUUUGUCCAGUUGCUCACCAUCAACAUUCUUCUAUAUCACCUCAUUCAAAUCAAACCUUUACAACUUCUUCAUCAGUUCCUAAUUCUCCGCCCUCUUCUUCGUCUCAACCAGAUUUUACACAUUUACCUGGCGCAAGGGAGCCUAAGAUAAAACCAUCGAGGCCACCGAGAGUGCUGGAAAUCACAAAAGAACAAGCGAAGGAUGCUUUCGACCAUUGUUUAGAGUUGGUACGAACUCGCGAUCAAGACAACUACCAGGCAGUUCUCACCAUGCCUAAAGGUAACAGACCUGAAAUAUUAGCGUUACUUGCGUUCAAUGUUGAGUUAGCAAUGGUACGUGAGAAAAUUAGCCCGCGUAGUGCUGAUACUACAGGUAUGUAUAGACUACAAUUCUGGCGUGAUGCCCUCAAAUCCAUCUACGGAGAUUCUACAAUGCCAGUUCCGAGACAGCCGGUGGCAAUUGCAUUGUGCGCAUUUGCACCCAAAGCGUCUUUGCCUCUUCUCGAUUCUCUAGUGACAUCGAGACAACAGUCAAUUGGCGAUAAACCCUUCAAAACUGUUGAGGAUUUAUCAGCUUAUGGAAAAACUACUACUGGUGCACUUGUACGGCUACAAGCGGAAUCUCUUGCAAGAGAAUGUGCUGUUUUAACACCUCCAGAGGAAGUAGUCUACGCAGCGAACGAAUUAGGAGCGGCGUACAGUAUCAUGAACCUUAUAAGAUCCUCUCUGCCACUAAUGGCUCGAGGAGUGGUAUUACUGCCAACUGAUCUCCUUACACUGCACAGUCUUACGCUAGACAAAGUGUACAAUAGAAAAAAUCCUGAAGCAGUUGUUGCUUUGGUAAAAGAUUUGGUUCAGGUAGCAUCCUCACAUCUACUUGCUUCAAAAAAAGUAUACGCCUCCGUACCUCGCGCGUUAUGCCCUGCUCUUGCUGCCUCUUCUUCUAUGGUGAAUUAUCUAAUUAAAAACGUCAAGAAGGUAAAAUAUGAUUUGUACAACCCUCGAUUGCAAAGACGUCCCCCGUUUCUUAUGUGGUCCCUGUUAUUUAAGCGUGCGCUGGGUAGAUAUUGA